GCCACUCCGGCAGCCCUCGUCGACGGCCAAGGUGUGUCUGGUGUGCGGCGACGAGGCGUCGGGCUGCCACUACGGCGUGGUGACGUGCGGCAGCUGCAAGGUCUUCUUUAAAAGAGCCGUGGAAGGUCAGCACAACUAUCUCUGCGCCGGCAGGAACGACUGCAUUAUCGACAAGAUCCGAAGGAAAAACUGCCCGGCGUGCCGCGUACGCAAGUGCCUUCAGGCCGGGAUGAACCUCGGAGCUCGCAAGUCCAAGAAGUUGGUGAAGUUAAAGGGCGUCAGCGAGGACUCGCAGGGCGCCAAGGAGGCUCAAACGGGCGGCGUGGGAGGCGACUUCCUGCCCUCGGAGAAGGAGCUGAACGCGUCGGCCAGCACCACCUUGGUGCCUCACGGCGCCGGGGUGGUCACACCUUUCCUGCCGCCCUCCAUCUGCAGCGUGCUGGAGCUCAUCGAGCCCGAAGAGGUGUACUCGGGCUUCGACAACACGCAGCCCGACACCACGGACCACCUGCUGUCCAGCCUCAACUGCCUGGCCGGGAAGCAGAUGGUCCGCCUGGUCAAGUGGGCCAAAGUACUUCCAGGUUUCCGGGGCCUGCCCAUCGAGGACCAGAUCACGCUGAUCCAGUACUCCUGGAUGUGUCUGUCCUCCUUCUGCCUCAGCUGGCGCUCGUACAAACACACCAACGGACAGAUGCUCUACUUCGCCCCGGACCUCAUCUUUAACGAGGAGCGCAUGCAGCAGUCGGCCAUGUACCACCUGUGUCUGGGUAUGAGACAGGUGAGCCAGGAGUUUGUUCGACUGCAGCUCACCUACGACGAGUUCCUGUCCAUGAAGGUGCUGCUGCUCCUCAGCACAAUUCCCAAAGAGGGUCUGAAGAACCAGGCGGCGUUCGAAGAGAUGCGAGUCAAUUACAUCAAAGAGCUCCGGCGUUCCGUGGGGAAAGCGACCAACAACUCGGGCCAAACCUGGCAGCGCUUCUUCCAGCUCACCAAGCUGCUAGACGCCAUGCAUCAUCUGGUGGGGAACCUGUUGGACUUCUGCUUCUACACCUUCCGAGAGUCGCAGGCCUUGAAGGUGGAGUUCCCCGACAUGCUGGUGGAGAUCAUCAGCGACCAGAUCCCCAAGGUGGAGUCGGGCCUCACACACACCAUCUACUUCCACAAGAAGUGACGCGGGAACUCAAACCCAGGGACGCCAUCCGGGCGCCCCCCCCUCAGGACGCCGCCGGUCGGUCCUUGUCCGAGGCCAGAAGGGCGGGGGCGAAGGGUCGGAGCGACGAAAGCGUGUAAACGUAGCCCCGCCUCCCUCCCCGUGCGCCCCAAAGACGCCAUCUCGGAGACAAAGCCAUACCAGAAUGUGCGAGUGGUCCGCUGACACGCCACCUUUCCUUGCAAAUAUCAACAUGUAGCUGGCAGACACGCUCCACUACAAGGGCUAAUUCACGCUUUGUCAUCCACCUCUCCUUUAUGUGACACAUACACUCGGCUUUUCAACCAGCAGUCAUGGUACAGUUGCUGCUCGUCACAAAUGUUCAGUAGCAACAUUCACACAGUCAAAAGGCAGCCAUGUCAGGAGGUCGCCCACAGCCACAUUUGCCACAAAUGUUUUUUUUCCGACCCGGCUCCAAAUAGACCCCCCCCCCCCGGCGCUUAUUUGACUUUGUAGACACGAGACUCUGCAGCUCGGACGAUUUAGAGUUCGGAAUUGUUGUGGGGUUAUAAACAAUAUGUUCGGAGUUCAACGCGUUUAAAUUCUGGUUUUGAUAAAAAAUAAAAACAUGGCUGAUGAA